CGUUACCAUGGCAACCGCGCGCCGCGCCGCCAUCGCCGCCGCUUCCGCUUCCGGGGGCGGCGCCACGUGACCGGAAACGGGCGGUCACGUGACCCGGAGAAGAACCGCGAUGGCGGCGGAGUGGCUGCUGCUGGCGCUGGCGCUGGCGCUGCCCCCCGAGCGCCCCCUGGCGGCCGAGGCGCGCAAGGUGCAGAUCGGGGUCCGGAGGCGGCCGGAGAGAUGUGGGGAGAGGAGCCGGAGGGGGGACGUGCUGACCCUCCAUUAUACGGGCACGCUGGAGGACGGGACCCCCUUCGACAGCAGCCUGAGCCGGGGAGCACCGUUCGUGUUCUCACUGGGGACAGGCCAGGUCAUCAAGGGCUGGGACCAGGGCCUGCUGGGGAUGUGCGAGGGGGAGAAGAGGAAGCUCGUGAUCCCCCCGGAGCUGGGUUACGGGGACCGAGGCGCCCCCCCAAAAAUCCCAGGGGGGGCCGUGCUGAUUUUCGAGGUGGAGCUGCUGAAGAUCGAGCGGCGCCCGGAGCUUUAGGGGGCCCCAAAACCCCCAAAUUUCCCCAAAUUUCCCCCGAAUUCCCCCCAGCCCCUCCCCCCUGCCCAGCCCCGCAUUUUGGGGUCCCCCCAGGGUUUGGGGGGGGGGAGGGGGAACCCCAAAUGUUGGGGUCAAUAAAGGGUUAAACCCAA